CACCGUUGCAUGCUUCUGCAUGGCACGUCACUGCGAGUCAACCAACCCUGGCGAGAAAGCAGUUUUCGAAAAUAGCUUGUGUCGUUCGGUCGUCCCUCUACUUGAUUUGAUGCCGAGACGCCCGGAAGGGGCGGUUGAGGGACAAUCUGAUGUGCCCGAGAAAGCUGCGCCUUAACACGGAGCGUUUAAGUCGAUUGGAUUGUCAACGCUCAUCUCAACGAUCAAAAGUCAAAACGUUCCUUCUUUUCCAAGCAACUCUCUGGAGUAUAACAAGAGAAUUCCCCCCCUUUUUUACGCUGUGACCCCUCGUUCGUGUCUAGUACCUCUCUCUCGUGUUCUCUGCAUCUUUGCUUGCAUCUUCCUCAAGCUUCCGUGGCCCUUUAGUACCGGCACUACACACACACUCGGCACCAUCUAGCAUCUUUCGAGAUGCAUCUCACGCAGACGCUCCUCUCGUCCGCGCUGACGGUGCUGUCUCUGGCCUCCCUCACAAACGCCCAAAAUACGACGACAACCGCUGGAGGCUCGGCGCCGACGGUUGGCGCCGCGGAGCCCUACAAACUGCAGACCCCGCCUCUCGACACGGAGUGGACGUCCCAGGUCGGCACGAAUCCGUGGCCGGAACACCCGAGGCCGCAGCUGCGCCGGGAGAACUGGCUCAACCUGAACGGAAUAUGGACCUUCCAAGCCGCGAGCGGACACAAAGAUGUCAGCCACCCGCCCGCCGGGAGCACACUAGACCGAGAGGUUCUCAUCCCCUCGUGUAUCGAGAGCGGGCUGUCGGGGAUCCAAGAGCUUGAGGUCCCUCACUUUUGGCUGGCAAGGACCUUCCAAGUGCCCAAGAACUGGGGGAACCAGUCGGUGCUUCUCCACUUCGAGGCCGUCGACUACGAAGCCACCGUGUUCAUCAACGGCCAGAAGGCCGCGUUCCACCGGGGAGGGUAUUUCCGCUUCACGGUCGACGCGACGCAGUAUCUUAAACCCGGAGGCAACAACACUUUGCUUGUGUUUGUCUUUGACCCCACAGACGAGGAGGGAUACGUCGUCCCAAUCGGCAAGCAGACGAGGACGCCUUCGCACAUCUUCUAUCGCUCGUGCUCUGGCAUCUGGCAGACGGUUUGGUUGGAGAGCGCGCCGCAGAACCACAUCACGCAGCUGGAUAUCGCCGCUGACCACAAGGGACACGUAAACGUUCUUGUCCACAGCUCCUCAAACUCUUCGUCGCAAGUCCAGAUCGCCGUUGUAGACAAAAACGGCAAGACGGUCGGGCAGGGCACCGGAAACUCCGGGACCGCCUUCAACUUUACCGUGUCGUCGCCCAAUGUCUGGUCACCGUCGACCCCUAAUUUAUACAACAUCACCGUGAGGCUCGGAAACGAUAACGUCACGAGCUACACCGGCUUCCGCACCAUCUCCACCGGGGUUGUCAACGGCAUCAAGCGCCCUCUGUUGAACGGCGAAUUCAUCUUCAUGUUCGGCACCCUUGACCAGGGAUACUGGCCUGACGGACUCCACACGCCGCCGAGCGUGGAGGCCAUGACCUAUGAUCUGAAGGUUCUCAAGAAACUGGGGAUGAAUAUGGUCCGCAAGCACAUCAAAAUCGAGCCCGACUUGUUCUAUUACGCUUGUGACCAGCUCGGCCUGCUUGUCAUCCAGGAUAUGCCGAGCAUGACAGCCAACUCUGGACGUCUGCCAAAUGCCGAACAGCAGGCCGAGUUCGAGCGCCAGCUGCAGAUCAUGAUUGAGGAGCACAAGAGCUACACCAGCAUCGUCACCUGGACCAUCUAUAACGAGGGUUGGGGCCAGCUCCGAAACGCGCCGUACCCUGAGGCCAAGCUCGUCGACGUCGUCCGCAGGAUUGAUCCUACGAGACUUGUCAACGCCAACAGCGGCUGGUUCGAUCACGGAUUCGGUGACUACUCGGACAACCACCACUACGCCAACCCCCAGUGCGGCACGCCCUUCUACUCGCUUGCUUCCUCUCCUUACGACAAGGCCCGCAUCGGAUUCCAGGGCGAGUUUGGCGGCAUCGGGCACAACGUCUCCAUCGAGCACCUGUGGAACGUGCAACAGGCCAUCGACUCCAUUAACCAGACGUACGAAAUCGACGAGACCCUCGAGGCCUACAACUACCGCGGCCGCGUGCUCCUCAGGGAGUUCCGCGAGCAGGUCGAAAUGUACGCGUGCAGCGGCGGCGUCUGGACCCAGACGAGCGACGUCGAGGGCGAGGUCAACGGCCUGGUCACGUACGACCGCCGCGUUCUCCGCCCCGACCUCGCGCAGUGGCAGGUCGAUAUCCAGAGCUUGUUCGACGCCGCCAAGGCCCGGAGCGGCCCCGUGAAUGCCACCAUGUAAGCAGCCAGCGGCCGCAUAUCCAGUUUUCAUUCUUUUGAAAUUCUGCGUAAGAUUAUGGGAGAAUCAAUAAUGCUAAGGAUGGAAUGUCGUAAUGAACAGUCCGAUCGGGGACCAAGGUCAAAUGCGAUUCGUACAGUCUUGACCUCUUAAUAAACAACGAGACAACCAAUUUCUUUGAAUUUCCUCGUCUACGAUGAAAACCAGAUAACCACUUUCCACUGCGUCGCGUCUUCCAUGAGCUCCUUGUGCCGGUGAGUGACCCAUGUACCUAUCUGGGCGACAGGGGCGUAUUCCGUCAAUAGUACCGAGUGUCAUCACGUGGGGCAUCUGGCUGAAAAAGAUCAAACAUCAGGAAGCGAAGAUUCAAGAAAGAAUAGUAACGCUGGUUGGGAAUCUUGUGUAUCUUGCCAGCUGCUCCCGGAACAGACAGGUCAGGUUCCGGGUCUCCUGGUAUGUUCUAGGGUGUAAAAGUCAUUUCACAAAGCAUGUUCUAUCAGCGUUCCCAUACAGAGUUCAACCAUUGCUUUUGUCACUGUGGAUAGGCUUUUGGCUAGUCUUUUGAUGCAUCUCUGCAGUCUCUGUGAGGGGGCCUUCUCACAGCGUCUUUCUGCUUUGCUCUACAUUGGGGAAACGCAAUGAAGUUUGCUCGGCGUUACGUUCAGGACCGUGUGGUUAAGACUCC